CUAAAUACCAUUUACUAUCUCUAUAUUAAUAGCAUAUCAUCAAAGUUCUUUUUUUUUUUUGUUACAGGGUGUCCUACACCAAUAACAUCAUAUAUUACUUAGUUCCCUAAAAGCUACCCUUAAAUCUCAUUGCUUUUUUAGUGGAACACACAGAUAUGAGCAAUGGUUUUGGAGUCUGACAGAAUCAUCAACAGGAGAAUUAAUCUGUAAAAAAAAAUUCUAUGAAAAGGAAUAUUUUGGUGAACUAAUUGAAGCUAAGAACAAAAGGGGUUCAUUAUUUUGGUGAAAUGAAUCCAAUGGACACAGAAGCAGAAACUAUGCAGCCUCAGGCUGCACCACCAGUAAGAGCUCAAAGGAAGAAAAUGACGAAACAAUUGACAGGGAAGCGCGAUGAUACGCCUUUACAUUCUGCGGCAAGAGCAGGAAAUAUGGCUUCUUUGAAGGAUACAGUUGAUGGUGCUGAAGAGAGUAAACUGCGUGAAAUAUUUAAUAAGCAGAAUCAAGGUGGAGAAACAGCACUUUAUGUUGCUGCUGAGUAUGGUUAUGUUGAUAUGGUUAGAGAGAUGAUUCAGUAUUAUGAUCUUGUUGAUGCUGGAAUUAAAGCGAGAAAUGGUUUUGAUGCACUUCAUAUUGCUGCUAAACAAGGAGAUUUAGAUAUAGUAAAGAUCCUAAUGGAAGCACAUCCUGAAUUAUCAAUGACUGUGGAUCCAUCCAACACCACAGCCUUACACACAGCUGCAACACAAGGCCACACUGAGAUAGUGAAAUUUCUAUUAGAAGCAGGUAGUAGCUUAGCAACCAUUGCUAGAAGUAAUGGUAAAACAGCUUUGCAUUCUGCUGCAAGAAAUGGACAUUUGGAGGUUUUGAAAGCGGUUCUAGAGAAGGAACCUGGUGUUGUAACAAGGACCGAUAAAAAGGGACAGACGGCACUUCACAUGGCAGUGAAGGGACAGAAUCUUGUGGUGGUAGAGGAGUUGAUAAAAGCAGAUCCGUCAACAAUAAACUUGGUUGAUAAUAAGGGUAAUACAGCAUUGCAUAUAGCAACCAGGAAGGGCAGAACUCAGAUCAUCAAGUUGAUACUUGGACAGAGUGAAACAAAUGGCAUGGCAGUAAACAAAAGUGGCGAAACAGCAUUAGACACAGCUGAAAAAACAGGAAAUUCUGAAGUAAAAAGCAUUCUAGCAGAACAUGGUAUUCAAAGUGGCAAAUCAAUAAAAUCUCAACCAAAAACAGCUGCAACUAGAGAAUUAAAACAAACAGUCAGCGACAUAAAGCAUGAAGUCCAUCACCAACUAGAACACACACGCCAAACGCGAAAAAGUGUUCAAGGAAUCGCAAAACGUCUAAACAAAAUGCACACAGAAGGACUCAACAACGCAAUAAACUCAACAACCGUCGUCGCAGUCCUCAUAGCAACAGUCGCAUUCGCAGCUAUCUUCACCGUCCCAGGCCAAUUCGCGGACGAUCCAAAAAAAAUUCCUAAAGGAAAAUCCCUCGGCGAAGCAAACAUAGCUCCAAAUCCCGCGUUUAUAAUCUUCUUCAUCUUCGACUCAUUCGCACUUUUCAUUUCCCUAGCGGUUGUGGUGGUUCAAACUUCAAUAGUUGUUAUAGAAAGCAAAGCAAAGAAGCAAAUGAUGGCUAUAAUUAACAAACUAAUGUGGUUAGCUUGUGUGCUUAUUUCCGUUUCGUUUUUGGCUUUGUCUUUCAUCGUUGUUGGGAAAGAUCAAAGGUGGCUUGCAAUUGGAGUAACUGUAAUUGGAACAACUAUAAUGGCUACUACAUUAGGUACUAUGUGUUAUUGGGUUAUUCAGCAUCGAAUCGAAGCUUCGAGUAUAAGGAGAUCUUCAAUGGGUAGCAGGUCAAGGUCUUUUUCAGUUUCAGUUGUUAUGUCAGAUUCUGAGAUAUUAAAUAAUGAGCGUACUAAAAUGUAUGCUAUAUAGAAAUAGAAAUUAUUCUAAUGAAAUUUUCACUUUUGUUCUC